AUGAGCAAUAACGACAUCUACGAGAUGGACUCCGUGUGUGAGACGGAGGACUUGGAGGGGGAUUUUGAAAUGAGCAUGAUAGACGAGGAAGUUGUUUACCCCGAGGAGUUUUUACCAACGUUUUACAGUAUUGAAGAAGGCUCAAAAGUCGCCAAAGUGCAACUGGCAGAGUUUAAUGACAAGCCGGAGUCUUUAUUCUUCAACGACGGUGUCAGGAGGAUUGACUUCAUCCUGGUCUAUGAGGAUGAGGAUAAGAAGGACUUUGAGAAGAGGCAUACGUACCAGCGCCGCAAGAGGCGGCGAGAGUACUUUGAAGCCAGCCUGAUGAAGAUGGGGAUGGAGCUGGAGGCGACGCAAUCUGUAACAGAUGAGAAACUGAUGUUUGUGAAAGUCCACAUGCCGUGGGACGUGCUGUGCACCUACGCCGAGGUCCUGCACAUCAAGCUCCCCAUCCAGCCCAACGACCUGUCGUCCCGCCCCUCUCCGUGGCGCCAUUUCUCCUGCAUCACCAAGUACUUCUACCCCAACGAGGACAUGAUCUCCAAGGAGACCGAGUACUUCACCGCCCCCUUUGAGAAAGAUCGUCUGGAGUAUUUCUACGUGAGGGACAGAGAUCUCUUCUUCACCCCGUCCAUGAGGAGCAGGAUGGCAUAUUACAUCCUGAGUCGUGCCCCUUAUGAAACACGAGGGAGCGUAAGGAAGUUUGGCAUCACCAAACUGCUGGAUGGUGGAGUGUACAAAGCUGCCUAUCCCCUCCAUGAUUGUAGGUUCAAUGUAAAGUCCAAAGAGGAGGGCUGCCCAAACGAGAGAUACCUGCUCUAUGAAGAAUGGGCUCAUCCCAAAAGCUUCUACAAGAUGCAACCACUAAACCUCAUUAGGAAGUAUUAUGGGGAGAAGAUUGGCAUCUACUUUGCCUGGUUGGGUUUCUACACAAUAAUGCUGGCUCUGGCUGCUGUGGUGGGACUGGGCUGUUUCAUUUAUGGAUACAGAACUCAAGAAACCAGCACAUGGAGCAAAGAGGUGUGCGACCCUGACAUCGGAGGAAAGAUUAUAAUGUGUCCACAGUGUGACAAAGACUGUGAUUACUGGAGGCUGAACAACACCUGUGAAGCUUCGAAAAAACUUUGCAUAUUUGAUAACUUUGGAACCCUGGUGUUUGCAGUUUUCAUGUCAAUCUGGGUCACUUUGUUCCUGGAGUUUUGGAAGCGCUACCAGGCAGAGCUGGAGUACAUGUGGGACACUGUGGAGUUUCUGGAGCAGGAAGAGCCACCUCGCCCGGAAUAUGAAGCCAAGUGCAUCUAUGAGAGGAAAAACCCGGUCACAGGGAUCAAAGAGAAAGUGCCCUAUACAGCCUGCGGACGAUGUUUUCGAGUGUCCAUAGGAAUUAGCACAGUCUUAUUCUGGAUUCUGUUGAUCCUGGCGUCCAUCGUGGCCAUCAUUGUCUACCGCCUGGCUGCGUUUUUUGCCUUCUCAGCCAAACUCAGAGCUCAGGAUUCCUUGAAGGAGCUGGAGCCCCUGAAGGAGUAUGUGACACCUCAGAUGGCCACUUCUGUCACAGCCUCUCUCAUCAGCUUUGUUGUAAUCAUGAUCCUCAACAUCCUCUAUGAGCGGGUCGCCAUCUGGAUCACCGACUUUGAGCUUCCACGAACUAAGACGGACUACGAGAACAGCUUGACCCUGAAGAUGUUCCUCUUUCAGUUCGUCAACUAUUACUCCUCCUGCUUCUACAUCGCCUUUGCCAAAGGGAAAGCGGUCGGCUUUCCUGGAGACCCUGUUUAUCUCUUGGGAAAAUACCGGAAUGAAGAGUGUGAUCCUGGUGGCUGUCUGAUCGAGUUGACGACUCAGCUCUCUAUCAUCAUGGGUGGAAAAGCCAUCUGGAACAACAUCCAAGAGGUCUUGCUACCGUGGGUGAAGAAUCUGAUUUUCCGAUACUGCACCAAUGUGGCUUCAGAGAAGGUGGUUCCUCGCUGGGAGCAGGACUACCAACUUCAGUCACCUUCAAAACUAGGGCUGUUCUAUGAAUACCUGGAGAUGGUCAUCCAGUUUGGCUUUGUGACCCUGUUUGUGGCCUCCUUCCCUCUGGCUCCGAUCCUGGCUCUGGUCAACAACCUGUUUGAGAUCCGGGUUGAUGCGUGGAAAAUCACCACUCAGUUUCGUCGCAUCGUGCCAGAGAAGGCCCAGGAUAUCGGGGCCUGGCAGCCCAUUCUUCAAGGCGUCGCUAUAUUGGCUGUUGCAACAAAUGCCAUGAUCAUUGCUUUCACAUCUGACAUGAUUCCACGGUUGGUGUACUACUGGUCUUUCUCUGUGUACCCGUAUGGAGAUCACCCAAAUAACACCAUGCAGGGCUACAUCAACACCUCGCUGUCUGUAUUUGACAUCAAUGACUUCUCCAACUACAGCAUGCCCAUAGUGACGAGGCACAACAUCACCACCUGCAGGUAUCGAGAUUUCCGGUUCCCUCCCGGGCAUUCCAGGGAGUAUGAGCACAAUGUUUACUACUGGCAUGUGAUCGCUGCCAAAAUGGCUUUUAUAAUUGUUGUAGAGCACAUUGUUUACCUUACAAAGUUCAUCCUGUCCUACAUGAUCCCAGACGUCCCGUACGCGGUCAAAGAACAGAUCAAACGAGAGAAGUACCUGACCCAGGUUAUCCUCCACGAGACAAACCUCAAGCUGGUGACCAAACGUUUGAAACCAGCCGCAGACAUGAUUGUCAAGAACACGGAGGCGAAUGCGACGCAGGAGGAGCUGGAGCUUGAUUUCUGAAUUAAAUCUAUGGAGGAAGAAAUCGAGACGAUGUUCAUCCCUGAUACUGUAAAUACAUGACUACCCAGCUUUCUGCAACAUUUACCCACCUCUGUUUGAAUACUGACUUUGUGAACUAGUGACGAAUUAAGACCUGGAACAAGAUAUGGACUUCUGUUAUGGAGAAUGUGUAGAAACCAGUAAGAAAGACGAUGUUUCUGUCGGACAAAGAAAGGAGAAACCACUUUUGUAUAGUCUUCACCCACCUACUGUGCUCAUGGUCUGGACCCCCAUCAGGCUGAAGUGUCUAAAAGGAAGAAGAACAGAUCAUCUGUCCUCUGUAACUUUCCUCUCAGGUUGACCGAUAUAUCGUACAGGAUUUUUUGUAGCUGAUGCACCAGUGCACAAACACAGUGUUCCUGAUUAGGAUGGAAUCACACUUCGGCAGGGCGCUGAACAUAAAUAACUUCUGAUAAGAAGGCUGGAGGACGGUGAUACUCUACUUGUGGCCAGUGGGCCAAAUCUGGCUCGCGAUAGGGUACUAGAUGGCCCCAAACCAUUUUCUAAUUGACAAUGUAAAUAACAGACAACUCAGCAGGGGUCAAGGCGAGGCCCCCAUUGUCCUCAAAUCCUUAAGGUGCCUUAAAGUGGCCCCUGGGCAAUGCUAUUUAGUAUUUCUGCUGUAGGAUUAUGGGAUAUGGUGCGUUGUAAUCCUGGGACCAUAGACUUAUCACUCCAACUUUAUAUACCCCAUUUUUCGUCAUGUCUCUUUAGUUAUGAAGUAGACAUUUAUGAAAAUACAUAAUACUUAGUGGUUCUGAUGAGCCCUCGGAGAGAAAUUAGAAAAUGUAUCUGAAAAAAACAUUGUUUCCCAGAAUUCAUAGCUGCAUGUCUGGUGUUUGUUUGCUCAUACCUUUUGUUUUGAAGGCCGCAUAGACUUAGAACCAGUUCCUGUCAGGGUAUUAUCCCCCACUGUCCACCUCCACGCCACUCUCAUAUUCAAAUGUGGACAGACAGUUAUAGGGCUUGGGGCAUCAGGGAUGGAGCGGUGGACCCUGUGCAGCAUCACCCUUGGCAGGAGUGAGAGGUGCAGAGCGUCCUGGAUGCAAUGGGGGAUUCUGCCUGGCAGUGGUCACCUUUUCCUGUAGAAGUUCAACCACUGCACUGAGUAGGCUUUUUCUCCUCAGUCUGCCAUGGUCAGCCAUUUUUGGGAAAGAAGGUCCUAAAGGAAAUUAUGGUCUUGCGUCUUCGAGAGGAGCUCUGCAAGUCAAUGCUGUCCUUGUGUAGGGUCUCCUUACACUGCCAAAAAUAGUAAUGUUUGCCUGGAUGAUUUAUUUUCCCUAAGAUGAAUGCAAAAAAAAAAUAAAAAUAGGUUGUCACUUAUGGAGGCCCUCCUGAAGGUCAUAGACGCUCUGAACCAAGACUGUCCAUGUUAUACUCCUUAUUCCACAUCCAACAGUACCACUUAUGACUUCCUGCAACCACUUGGGCACAUUCACACCAGGAUAGUUCGGGGGACUCUGUUCAAUUGGGUGGGGAAUGCAAAAAAAUGUCAAAACUUCAUUUGGUUUGGUUCACUUUCACACAGCACUUUUUAAAACGCACCAAGCCCCUGGACAAUGUUACGCAGUUACAACAGCUGCUCGUUUGUAGGCGGUAUUGCCCGAAAUGACCACUGACCAGGAAGAAAAAAGCAUGAGGAAGAAGAAAGCCCAGCUCAUUGAUUGGCCAGGGCCAAAAACAG